AUGCAGGGUAUGGCCUUGGCCAUGCAACACUCCGAUCUUCCAGUGGUUGUGCAAACGGACUCCUCGGAAGCCCUGUCUAGCUUGACUAACGGUGCGUUGGUUCACUCGAGAUACGGUCAUAUAGUUCUGGAAAUCAAAGAUCUGCUUGGUAGUAGGGAGUUUUUUCCACAAAAGAUUAGUAGACUUCAAAAUAGAGUUGCCGAUCGUCUAGCGAAAUAUAGCCGGUCCGAACGAGCUACGGCUGUGUGGCUUGGUUCGGUUCCACCAUGUAUCGAGGACAUUUGGCCCCUCGACUGUAACUCUAUUCAUAUGUAA